AUGUACGAUGAAAAUAUCCAGAGACUGAACGACUCAGAAGUCAAAGAAUUUCUUGAUUGGAAGAACAAGGUGCGGCAUGGGCUGCUGAAAAGGGUUCAAAGGGCAGGUUGGAAACCCUCGGAGGACCGAAUGAUUCGCAAACUCAAAUGGUUACUGGAGCACGAUACGGUCGAGUCCAUGUCAGCAGCAUGGGAGUCGCUAGAUCUCGAUCGACGAAAGCGCAUCUGGCCCAACAUAAUCGGUUCGGCAUUGGUAUCUUGUCCAGAAAAGACCAAGAUGGUCUUGGAGUCUACGAUGAAACCGCUCCCGCCCGGUUACGCCGUCCAGGAUACGCUGAACUUCCUUGCCAUCUGGCAGCAUUCGCUACCCUCAGACGAAGCUGUAGCCCAUUCCGAAGCUCUCGCCGAUGCCGUCAUGCGUUUCCUCCGACUGUACCGACAUCGUGAUGACGCCCGGCUCAGUCUGCGACAGAACACUUUCUUCCACAUGAUGACUCGACUAGGGGUCAACAAGCUGGAAGAGCUCUACACCUGCUUGGUCGAUCAUUCUGCGCCUCUCCAUCCGAACACCCUGUUGCACUUUGCAGAUCGGUUUGCGAAAGACGCGAAGCGUAAAGAACUGGCACUCCAAAUCACCAUCGCCGCCGUAGCAGCUGGUGGUGCCAAUCUCGGCUCGCCCCAGUGGCUAAGUCUCUGUACUUCAAUUCUUUCUCCUGCACCCGGCGAAGGAGACGAUUCACGAAUAGCCUCUGCAGUAGACGCUUUUGAGGAGCUGCUGCAGCACGGCCUCACCCCGAACCUCAUCAACUACACUGCGCUUGUGCGUGCACUGUGUCUACAGGGUAACCUUGAGACGGCGUGGGAUGUCGUUGGCAUCAUUCAGCGCCACAACAUCGACCCUGAUGUUGUGUUGCUCUCGACGCUCAUUGAAGGAGCGAAGCGGCAUUUGGGGGCAUUCGAGCACAUUGACCGCGUCACCGAGCUCGCUGUCAAGCACAAGGCUUUUGAUGCGCCAUUCUGGAACGGGAUUUUCUGGACCAUUUUUGGUUCAGCAGAGGCAACCGCCGCGCGCAUUACGCCGAUCCCACACAUUGUGCCAGCCUUCAAACCGAUGCUGUACUUUUACUCCAAGAUCUUCCACAUCGAGCCCCUCCAGCACCUUAUUCCUGUCAAUCUGGCCGACCUGGCUGAGUCCUGUCGCCCGGAAAUGUCCGAGCAGUGGCAGAUGACCAGUCGCAUAUUCGCAGGCCUCGAUGCCGUCGCAGCAGAAGUGACUGAAAAGCUUCAUCCGACAGGUGCAACUCUCGGUAUCAUGUACAUGGCCUACGUGCGCAGCUUGUCGCAGGCCUCCAGCGUGUUGUCGGCGUACUCGUUCAUCCGCCAGGUCGUCCGAAAGGGGGAUCCUGUUGUCAUGAGGUUCAUCGAGGACAAGAAGACAUUCUUGUACGACGUCAUCAUCAAGACUCUGAGCGCGCAUCCGGGCAUGCUGCGGGCCGCGCUCGAUAUUGUCGGCGACAUGCUCAAAGCAAACUUCGACGACAAGGCGCAGCCGACGGUCCACACAGACGAUGUCGCAGGGCACGGCCUCAGGAGGAAGAAGGGCGGUCAUCCCAUCCCCAGCGAGUACACGUGGAACAUUCUCCUGCGGGGUUUCAUCGUGCAGAAGGAAGACGCGUCGAGCGAGCGCAUCUUGCAAAUGAUGAAACAGCACGGCGUCAAACCCAACCUCGUCACCUGGAACACGAUGCUCAGCGGCUACGCGCGUCUGCAAAACGUCAGCAAGGCCAUCAUGACCCUGCAAAGAAUGGAGGCGGACGGCCACGAGAUGAACGAGUACACGAUGCGGGCGUUUGCGAAACUCGCCCGGAAAGACGGCGCUCUGCAGAAGAUUGAGGAGGCCAUUGGCCGCAACCAGAAGCGGCGGGACGAAUUUCCGCCUCGCGUCGACGAGGUGGCGGAUCUGGAGGACUUUUGA